AUGCAGAUAUCCAUACUGUUCCUCGCCUUCUUGAUCAUGGGGCUUAUGUCGAUGCCCAUAAGAAUACACGGUGUUGGUAUAUUAACUCAUCGCAACAUCGGCAAUAAAAACUCGAAAAUGACAAAGAAUCCAACUUCUCAGAUUGCCAAUAACAAUGAAAGCAACCGGUUUCUUGGAGAGAAAAAUACCGAUGAUGUGACUAGCUUCAGUAUGAUGAACAGCAAUUUUCCCGUCACAAAGUCAGACGGAUCCCUCUCGGCAUCACCGGCUAAUCCGACUCGAGUCAUGGGCGGGGUAGAACCACCGAGGAAGUACGCCAAGAGAGCACUCGUUCAAGCCCCUUCAGGCUUUCAACUUGAUGGGAAACAUAGGUUUCCGUACUACAAUCAAAGAUCGAUUAGACGGCUAAAUGGACUCGUGAACGGUCACAAAAUAUUGUCUACAAAUCGACGACUUGGCCGGCUCAGUGUUCACCGUAAGCCUCAUCUUCCCAACAGGGUAAAGUCUAGCUCCCCAUAA